CGCACUACCUCAUUAACCAUUGGGAAUGCAGCCAAAAACAUAAGACGACAGUGAAUAUAAGGGGAAUUACUGGCAAGGGAGCUGUAGCCAUCUCACCACCGAACCCACUCCUUUUCCAAGACCAGAAAAGUGUUCCAUUAGCCGGAACCGUUUCUUACUCAGAUAAGAAUUCAAGAAGUUGACUACUACAGGAGGGGAUUUGAAAAAUGACCGGAGCAAAGAGGAAAAAGAAAAGCACGCUGUGGGGCAAGGUGCACGCCCCCCACCGCGAAGACGUUAAACAGUGGUGGAAAAGGCGCCUACCUAUUUUGGAAUGGGCACCACAGUACAGUCUGAAGGAAAACCUGCUCCCUGACACCGUGUCUGGGCUCAUGUUGGCAGUUCAACAGGUGACGCAAGGACUGUCCUUCGCGAUUCUCUCAUCUGUGCACCCCGUGUUUGGUUUAUAUGGAUCUCUGUUUCCAGCCAUCAUUUAUGCCAUAUUUGGAAUGGGACGCCAUGUUGCUACAGGCACCUUUGCCUUGACAUCCUUGAUAUCAGCCAAUGCUGUGGAAAGGCUGGUCCCCCAGAGCAGCCGGAAUCUCACCACACAGAGCAACUCCAGCGUGCUGGGCUUAUCCGACUUUGAGCUACAGAGAAUCGGGGUGGCAGCGGCCGUUUCCUUCCUGGGAGGUGUGAUUCAGAUGGCUAUGUUUGUGUUGCAGCUGGGCAGUGCCACAUUCCUGGUUACAGAGCCUGUGAUCAGCGCGAUGACCACGGGGGCCGCCACCCAUGUUGUCACUUCACAAGUCAAGUAUCUCUUGGGAAUAAAAAUGCCAUACAUAUCUGGACCACUGGGAUUCUUUUAUAUUUAUGCCUAUGUUUUCGAGAACAUCAAGUCUGUUCAGCUGGAGGCGCUGCUCUUAUCCUUGCUGAGCAUCGUUGUUCUUGUUCUCGUUAAAGAGCUGAAUGAACAGUUUAAGAGAAAAAUUAAAGUUGUUCUUCCUGUCGACUUAGUUUUGAUCAUUGCUGCCUCAUUCGCUUGCUAUUGUACCAACAUGGAAAACACAUAUGGAUUAGAAGUUGUUGGACACAUUCCAAAGGGGAUUCCUCCGCCCCGAGCGCCACCGAUGAACAUCCUCAAUGCUGUGCUCACCGAAGCUUUCGGAGUUGCGCUUGUAGGCUACGUGGCCUCACUGGCUCUUGCUCAAGGAUCUGCCAAGAAGUUCAAAUAUUCAGUGGAUGACAACCAGGAAUUUCUGGCCCACGGCCUCAGCAAUGUGAUCCCUUCAUUUUUCUUCUGUAUCCCAAGUGCUGCAGCCAUGGGAAGGACGGCUGGACUGUACAGUACAGGAGCAAAGACACAGGUGGCUUGUCUAAUAUCUUGCGUUUUCGUUCUUAUUGUCAUCUAUGUAGUUGGACCUCUGCUGUACUGGCUGCCCAUGUGCGUUCUUGCAAGCAUUAUUGUCGUGGGACUCAAGGGAAUGUUAAUACAGUUCCGGGAUUUAAAAAAAUACUGGAAUGUGGAUAAAAUCGAUUGGGGCAUAUGGAUCAGUACUUACAUAUUUACCAUAUGCUUUGCUGCCAAUGUGGGUUUGCUGUUCGGUGUUGUCUGCACUAUAGCCAUCGUGAUAGGACGCUUCCCAAGGGCAAAGACUCUAAGCAUAACAAACAUGAAAGAAAUGGAAGUAAAAGUGAAGACAGAAAUGCACGAUAACACAGAGAACUGGCCUCCUUCCAAGAGGACCAAUGUCAAGGUCUUUCCAGGUAGCCUGACGACAGGAAGUAACGUCAGGAGUCUUUCUGUGACACCCAGGAGAAUGGAAACCUUGCAACAGGUAAAAAUCAUCUCAAUAAACAACCCACUUGUUUUCCUGAAUGCAAAGAAAUUUAAUACUGAUCUAAUGAAAAUCAUCCUAAAGGAAGAUGAGAGCAGUCAACCACUCGAUGAUAUCAGCAAGUGUGAACAGAAUACCUUGCUCAAUCCCCUGUCCAACGGCAACUGCAAUGAGGAAGCUUCCCAGCCCUGCCCCAGUGAGAAGUGUUCUUUGGUCCUGGAUUGCAAUGGCUUGACCUUUUUCGACUACACGGGAGUCUCUACACUUGUUGAGCUGUACCUAGAUUGCAAGAGCAGGGGUGUGGAUGUGUUCUUAGCCAAUUGCACAGCAUCCUUGAUCAAAGCGAUGGCAUACUGUGGAAACCUAGACACCGAGAGGCCGAUUUUUUUUGACUCAGUAUCUGCUGCAAUAAAUAUCAUCCAGGCAAAUAAGAAUCUGAGCAAGGUCAGUGAUCACAGCGAAGUCUGAGGCCCACGUGAUGAAGUGCACAUCUCAUCUUCAGCAACUGCCCCAAAGAGGCUGGAUAUUGACAUUUUGCACAAAUAUUGGUUAUGGAUUUGUAUAUGACCUCUGUUUCAGUGAGAAUGAUAUGAGUUAGCAACUGCAUCGCCAGUGACCAAGGCUUGCUGGCACCUUAUUUUUCUAAUCUUUCUUAAUAAACAGAUUCAUUUAGUUAUUUUAUAUAGGGAUCAAUAUGCAUGCAGAUUUAGUUUACUAAAUAGUAAAGAGACAUUUAUUUCCUUUUAUGAGAGUUUUGUAGGGUCUUAUUUCUAUUUUGUUGUAAGCUAACAAAUGGAGGAACACUUUGAUCAGAAGUGGUUUGGACUAUUUAUAAACCAUUUGUAAAAAAAUCAAGAUCAUGUAACUAAUACAUAAAAAGAAGUUAGCAAAUCUGCCGUUUUCUCAUAGUUUUUACUCCAAAGAUAUUCAAACACCAGUAAGAUAAAGUCUUGCCAUCUGCAGUGAAGAAUGAAAUCCACAGAGAUAAAGCCGUUGGAACAAAAGACAAAGUAGAAGCCAGUGGCGCCAAAUCUCAUGCACACCAUCCCUCUGGCAGUGUUCUUGUGUUCAGCAAAGCUUUGUGUGUGGCAGAAAACUGCUGUUUUAGCAAAACUGAGUUCUUGCCAUUAUUCUGCUUCAUUGUGAGGACUGGAAGCCUUUCGGGGGUCCCGUCGGACAGCUCUCCUCUCUGCAGCGGCACGUGGAAGAUGUUCUGCCUGCAGCCUAUUUUUUUACCACAGAGACUAUGAGAAUUUAGCAUCUAAUAUUUUUCAGAUAGGAUUUUUUAGAUGACAAAAUAUCUUGAGUUGAGUGGUUUUAUGCUGUUUUGAUAAAAGAUUAUCUUUAGAAAUUGUGAAUUUUCUAUUUGAGAGACACCAAGUCAAUAAAAUGUAAUCGUUUAUUUAUCUUUACCAACAUAGAUAGAUGGAUAGAUAGGUAGAUAGAUAGAUAGAUACAUACAUAGAUAGAUGAUAGAUAGAUAGAUAGAUAGAUACAUACAUACAUAGAUACAUAGAUAGAUGAUAGGUAAGUAUUGUAGGGAGGCCACCCAUUUAUUCCCAGCUUCUCAGCCCUGAAAUAACCACACAGAAACCAUAUUAUUUGCCAUACUGUUUGGCCAAUAGCUUAAGCAUAUUUCUGGCUAACUCAUAUCUGAAAUUAAUCAAUCCCUAUUAAUCUGUGUAUCACCACAAGGCUGUGGGCUUACCAGGUAAAGUCCUGGUACUGUCUCCAGCAAGGCUAUGUGGCUUCUCUCUGGCUCUGCCUCCUUUUUUCCCAGCAUUCAAUUUAGUUUUUCCUGCCUGGAUUCAGUUUAGUUUUCCCUGCCUAGCUCUACUUUACCCUACCACAGGCCUAAGACAGUUUCUUUAUUAACCAAUGGUAUUCACAGCAUACAGAGGGGAAUCCCACAUCACUCAAGGGCAUCUGUAAGAACAAAACCUAAUUCCUGUCCAAGUGACAUAUUGAAAUAUAAUUCAGCAAGCGUGUGGUAAGCAUUCGUAUGAUCCCCAAUUUUAGCGCCUCAGUUUUUUGGUAAGAUGAAAUAAUAAAAUUAAAAUACCAAAAAUAAUGUUCCAAAUUUUCAAGGUCAUUUGAAAUUUUACUGACACAAACUGAAAAGAGCGGUAUUGGUGCCCAAAGCCACAGUCUCUUCAUUGUUAAUCUGGUUAGUAACAAGACAGGUGACUACUGCUGAUCACUCAGGGUUCCACGAGGAGAUCAAGGGAGAGCUACAAAUAGCUUCCUUAUAAAAAGGAGUUUUAUUCUGCAUCAUCCAUUUGUAUUAUUCUAAAGGUGCAUGUGAUGAUAUUCUCUAUCUUCAAUCCAUUGAUUCCAGCCGUAGAGGCAUGAAAAGCCAAGAAAAGAAAUAUACAUAUAAAUUGAUAUUUUUCUAUGAAAGUUUGGCCUAUAAUUGAGCUCAUGAGUUAUAGACAUUUUAAAUUUGUUGCAGACUAUGGGCCCCGGCUGACGUUAAAAUCAUCACAGCUAAUUGUUGGGUGAUUUGUUCUCUGGUGUUGUUAGUGUUGAGACAGUCGUGACUGAGAAAUUGCGUGUGAGUACAUUUAAGUAUUAUUUCAGUGUCAAAUAUUGGUGUUAUAGUCAAAGGCAAAGAAGAUCAAAUCACACACUGUGUUAAGUUCACUGUGCUAUAGUUUAUUCCAAGACCAUGAUGACUGUUUGCCCAAAGAAAGUCUCUUGAAUUAAGUUCUGAGAGUCCAAGAGCUGAAUAUGAGUUUUAGACAUACAAGUGUCUAUUUCAAAAAAGAAGCAGAGACCAGAGAAGCCACAGGACAGCUCCACUGUUGCAAUGUUUGUGUCAGCACACUGACCUGUUCUUAUGGCCUCUCUCAUUUUUAUAUGAUAAACUCCUUCCUUAGUACUUGCUAUAAUAAAAUAGCUUUAAAAAACAAAACUGACCUAUACAGGUGUUGUGAGCCUAAUAUGGCAGAUAUGAAAUAUGUAACCAGAAAAAGACUGUUAACAUUUGUGCAAAUUAAAUGCCCUUAAAUUUUGUCAUUUAUCUUCCAUUUUAAAGGUUAGUUGCCCUCAAUUAUAUAAUUUCAACAUUAUAAAGUUUAGCUUAAACUACUUUGCAAUAAUUUAUUUGACAGAUCUCCCAUGCAGUGGAAUGAGGAGAGAGAUCUUUCUUUUUUUUUUAUGAAAACAUUAAUGUGUUAAUAUCGCAUAUGAGUAAUGCCUGACAUUUAAUCGUCGUUGAAAUAUGUUGAUAUGUUGCUGAACAUACACACACCUCUGAAAUGCCAAUUUUAUGUUCUGUGGAUUGAUCCAGUUCAGUACCAAAUAAGCUUUUUGGCAGUGAGUUUGUUGCCAGAUGGAUUUCAAAGAGGGAGCUAAGCGGUGCUUUCUCAGCCCAAAGGCGUAGUUAAGAAUCAUGUAGUCCAAUAUGCUGCACUUAUUUUUAUAUUUUUCCAUGCACUUAAUUAUUGUUUUUUAUAAUUAUUUGUACUAACUCAGCAUGUAGCAACCAAUUUACGUGGAAAUAAAUUGCAAUAUGAUAAGUACAA